AUGGACGUCCUGGAGACCUCUAAGCUGCUGGAUGAGGAACUGUAUUCACGACAGCUGUAUGUACUGGGCUCGGCAGCCAUGCAAAGGAUUCAGGGAGCCAAGGUCCUGCUGUCAGGCUUGCAGGGUCUGGGGGCUGAGGUGGCCAAGAACCUGGUGCUGAUGGGUGUGGGCAGUCUCACUCUGCAUGAUCCUCACCCCACUUGCUGGUCGGAUCUCACUGCCCAGUUCUUCCUUUCAGAGCACGACUUGGGGAAGAACAGGGCUGAGGCCUCUCAAGAGCCAAUAGCUCAGCUCAAUGGAGCUGUCCGGGUCUGUGUCCACAUGGGCGCCAUCACAGAGGAUCUGCUGCUGGACUUCCAGGUGGUGGUGUUGACUGCCUCGGAACUGGAGGAGCAGUUGAAGGUGGGUAGAUUCUGCCACCAGCAUGGAAUCUGCUUCAUGAUGGCUAAUACGCGAGGUCUUGUGGGGCAGUUGUUCUGUGACUUUGGUGAGGACUUCACUGUGCAGGACCCCGCAGAGGCAGAACCCCUGGUGGCUGCCAUCCAGCACAUCUCCCAGGGCUCUCCUGGUGUUGUCACUUUGAGAGAAGUUGAUAUUCACAACUUCCAAGAUGGGGACCAGGUGACUUUCUCAGGCAUUGAGGGCAUGGUUGAGCUUAAUGGUUGUACUCAGCCCAUCCACAUACAGGAAGACAGAACUUUGAAGAUUGGGGACACAACAACAUUUUCCCGUUAUCUUCGUGGUGGCACUAUUACUGAAGUCAAGAAACCCAAGACUGUGCACCAUGAAUCCCUGACUACAGCCCUGCUCCAUCCCCGUAUGGUGGCCCAGAGUCCGCAGGAAGUCCACCGUGCCCACUGCCUGCACCAGGCCUUCCGUGCACUGCACCAGUUCCAGGCUCACACUGGCCACCUGCCCAAACCGUGGCAUCCUGGUGAUGCAGAGGCUGUAGUGCGCCUGGCCCGGUGCCUGGAACCAUUGCAGGGAACACAGGAAGAGCCGCUAGAUGAAGCUCUGGUGCGGACAGUUGCCCUGUGUAGUGCCGGUGACCUGAGCCCCAUGGCAGCCAUUCUGGGUGCGUUAACUGCCCAGGAGGUGCUGAAGGCAAUCUCUGGGAAGUUCACACCCCUGGACCAGUGGCUGUAUUUUGAUGCCCUUGAUUGCCUUCCAGAAGAUGCAGAAUCCCUUCUCAGUCCCAAGGAUUGUGCUCCAAGAAGCUGCCGCUAUGCUGGGCAAAUUGCAGUAUUUGGGGCUAGUUUUCAGGAGAAGCUGAGCCGCCAGCACUACCUCCUGGUGGGCGCUGGUGCGAUUGGCUGUGAGCUGCUCAAAGGCUUUGCCCUAAUGGGCCUGGGGGCCAACGGCAGCGGAAGCAUUACCAUCGCUGACAUGGAUCACAUAGAACGCUCCAACCUCAGCCGUCAGUUCCUCUUCAGGCCCCUGGACAUUGGUAGUUCCAAGGCAAAAGUGGCUGCAGAGGCUGCCAGUCGCCUGAACCGAGGCUUGCAGAUAACCCCACUCACCCACCCAGUGGACCGUACCACAGAGCACAUCUUUGGGGACAGCUUCUUCUCCCGCGUGGAUGGUGUGGCUGCAGCCCUAGACAGUUUCCAGGCCAGACGCUAUGUGGCUGCUCGCUGCACCCACUAUCUGAAGCCACUGCUGGAGGCAGGUACACUGGGCACCUGGGGCAGUGCCGCAGUGUUCGUGCCACAUGUGACUGAGGUCUACAAAGCCCCCACCUCAGCUGCAGCUUCUGAGGGUGCCACCAACCCUGUCUGUACUGUGCGGUUCUUCCCCAGCACAGUUGAACACACUCUGGAGUGGGCCCGAAAUGAGUUUGAGGGGCUCUUCCGACUGUCUGCCGAGACCAUCAAUCGCCAUCUACAGCCAUCCACUUCCCUGGCAGACAUAGAUGGAUCACAGGUACUGGAUGUCCUGAGGGUACAUCCACAGACCUGGCAAGACUGCGUGGUGUGGGCACGUGGCCAAUGGCAACUAUGCUUCCAUGACAGCAUCAUGCAGCUCUUGAAGUGCUUCCCACCUGAAAAGGUGCUUGAGGAUGGUACUCCCUUCUGGUCAGGUCCCAAACGGUGUCCGCAGCCCCUGGAGUUUGAUGCCAACCAAGACAUGCACCUCUUUUACGUGCUGGCAGCUGCCAACCUAUAUGCCCAGAUGCACCAGCUGCCUGGCUCAAAGGAUCAGGCCUCACUCAGGGAGCUGCUGAAGGUGUUGCCAGUGCCCAGUCCCCAGCGCCUGGUCCCAAUUGUCACCAGUGACUUGGCUUCCACCAAGGCUUCCACCAAGUUUGGCCCUGAGCAAUUGAAAGAAUUGCACAAAGUCCUAGAAGUCCGCCGCAUGGACCCUCCCCUGCAGCCCCUGCUAUUUGAGAAGGACAAUGACAGCAACUUCCAUGUGGACUUUGUGGCAGCAGCGGCUAACCUACGAGCUCAGAACUAUGGGAUCCCACCAGCCAACCGUGCCCAGAGCAAGCGGAUUGUGGGGCAUAUUAUCCCAGCCAUUGCCACCACCACAGCAGCUGUGGCAGGCCUGCUGGGCCUGGAGCUGUAUAAGGUGGUGGGAGGGCCGAGGCCCCUUGGUGCCUUUCGCCACAGCUAUCUACACCUGGCUGGAAACCGCCUCAGCCGCUGGAUACCUCCUGCCCCAGCCAACCAGACGUUCUGUCACCUGACAUGGACCUGCUGGGAGCGCCUGAAAGUGCCUGCUGGGCACCCUGAGAGGACUCUGGAGUCACUGCUGGCCCAUCUCCAGGAGCGACAUGAGCUGCGGGUGAGGAUGUUACUGUAUGGCCCAGCUGUGCUCUACUCAGUAGGAUGGCCCCCUGACAGACAGGCCCAGCACCUGGCCCUCAAGGUGACGGAGCUGGUGCAGCGGGUGACAGGCCAGGUGCCUGAGCCUGGGAGGCAGGUGCUGGUGCUGGAGCUGAGCUGUGAGGGUGAGGAGGAGGAUACUGCUUUCCCGCCCCUACACUAUGAGCUGUGA